ACUGUGGUUAUGUUUUUUAAUUAGCCUUUAAACUAUGUGAGUAAAUUGAGUAUCGUUUUCCUCAGUUGAAUCUUUUCCACUGGCUAAGGACCAAGUAUGGCAAGCAAUAAAAAGUUCUAUCAUGAAGAAACCGAGUCACACUUUAGAGUUCUGCGAGAGGCCUCGGAGUUUGCUUGAGAUGGAAGAUCUCACUUUUUACUACAGAAUUCUCUUACAACUGAUUAAUCUCACUACUGCCCUUGCUUUCCAUCUGACGCUUGUUUUGAUAAACCGUAGGUAGGAAGAAGAAAGUAGUGCCCCUCUUUAAGCCGAUUCUUUUGUGCCAGUGCUUCCUAGAGCCAAUGCCAAGCUAGACAUCUCCUUGGUGCUCAUUGGGCAAAAGACAGGGUGGAACCUGGCCACAGUCCCAUUAAAAAGCUGCAUCUUGUGAGUUUGGUUAAUUAGUGAAAAGCUACAUUUCAUGUAGUUUUUUCAACUCCUCUGCGUUUAGUAGUCAUGAUUAAACCAGCCCUGCCACUGCUGCUACAAUAAAGUGUAGCACCCACUGUCCGCCCACAAAGUGGCAAAGUAUAAUUAUCAAGAAUUCCCCAAGGGGGCGUUGGAGCGCUGUGGAGGAGCGGCCGACCUGCAAAGUCGCGUGGUGCCUCCGUCUCGUGGAAAAACUCUCCGGCGCCCAACUUGUAUAGGAAGUAGAGGAAGCCGAACAUUUCUCUUCCCCUUCGCGACCCAAGACGGCCUCUGGCUCCAAGCUCAAGCGUCUGGACAUACGGCCUGUCCCUCCGACAUUCGAUGAGGCCCCUUCUGCGUUCUCAGCUUCCUGGCCCCCAGGAAGACUGCAUUAUGGGUAUAUCGGCUAAGUCUGGGGCACGGCGCCGGCAACGCCAAGAAUGAGUGCUCAGGUUUGACAGAGGAAACCAACAAGGCACUUUGCACUUAUCCCUCCACUCUCCCAAAGAUCUCCUUAUGGGGCAGACGGCGAGGAACCCACCACCUCCACCAAAGACUCCCGAGCUAUCGGUUCCGGUCCGUUAUGAAUGGGGCCAGUAUCCCGGCGUCCUCUCGGCGGACGUUUGGGGGCUGCGGCCUCUCUGGCCGGCGUCCGGCAUCUCUAUGGUGCCGGCCUAGGGGCGGGGAGAGGGGCGGGGCCGCCGUUUGCGCUGCGGACUUCAACCUGCAGAGCCGAGGUUGGAUUGUUUCCAGUUUGGAGCUAAUGUAGAUAAAGCUGCUCUGAACAUUCAUACAAGUCUGUGUGGAUACAUGCUUGCAUCUCUCUCAGCAGCAGUGUGUGAGAGUUCUCGUUGCUCCUCAGCUUUUCAACAUUGGGGAUGGGUGACUGGGAAUGUAAACAAGAAUAAGCUGUUCGUGUCCUGAUGGCUUUUGGUGUAUGCUGACGUAUUGUUUGUGAUGGCCUCAGAGGCUGAGAAGACCCAUGCUUUACUCCAGUCUUGUAGCACCGAGUCUCUUUUUUCCAGCCUCGGUCUGGGAGUAUUUUGCCUAGUAGCCGACAGACUUCUUCAGUUUUCAGUAAUUCAGCAAAGUGACUGGCUUCGAGCCCUCUCAGAUAAUGCAGUACAUUGUGUGAUUGGCAUGUGGUUGUGGGCAAUUGUCAUUGGAGUCAAGAAGACAACUGACUUUGGGGAAAUCAUUUUAGCCGGAUUUUUAGCCUCUGUUAUUGAUGUAGACCAUUUUUUUCUAGCUGGAUCUUUAUCUUUGAAGGCUGCUUUGACUCUUCCCCGAAGACCUUUCCUUCACUGUUCUACUGUGAUACCUGUCGCAGCUCUGACCUUGAAGUUUACUAUGCACCUUUUCAAACUCAAAGACUCAUGGUGCUUUCUUCCCUGGAUGUUAUUUAUAUCCUGGACCUCACAUCAUAUCCGAGAUGGAAUUCGUCAUGGCUUGUGGAUAUGUCCAUUUGGAAAAACUUCUCCUUUGCCAUUCUGGCUCUAUGUCAUAAUCACAUCGUCUUUACCUCAUAUCUGUUCAUUCGUUAUGUAUUUAACAGGGACCAGACAAAUGAUGUCUGCAAAACAUGGAAUUCAGAUUGACGUCUGAAGUAACUGUAUGCCCCACUGAGAGAAGGAAAUGGUUCAGACAAUGAUAAUUAAGGGUAGCUGACAUUAUAAAUUAAAAAAUAUAUAUUUGUUGUAAUUCCUGAAUCCUCUUGCUCAGGAGGCAUGUACCUUUUUUUUUUUAAAUAUACAUUUGUUGUAAUUUUACUUCUUUCUUCUCUAAUACUCUCGUAUGAUAUUAGAGUUUCAUUUAUCCCAUGAUACAUUUUUAUUGUUUCUUCUGUUCAUCUCGCUUUACCAGUAGCUCUAGUAGAUUAACAUCCAGUUACGUUUUCUGGAGGUAUACGUUUACGGCAGUCCACUUCAGGAUGAAAAACAGACCAAAUUGUAGGGGGCCUAAUUUGUCAGCAUUCAUGUCCACAUUUCCCUGAGAUGUUGAAACAGUGAAAGAGCCAGAAUAAACGAGAUCCUGAAUAAGA